AUGGUGAGGAUAGACUACAGAGGAGGGAAGAAUUGGAUGAAUGAUGAGUCACGAGCCAUUACAAGACAAACGCCUAUUAACCCACCCCUAGGCUUCUAUACACCGAUCUCUCCCCCUCACACUCCCCCAUCCAUUCUUUUUCUCUAUAAAUCAGAGCCCUUUUUCCGAAACCCCAAGCUCCAUUUUUCAGUGCCUCUCUUCUCUCCUCUUCUCUUCUCUCAAUUCUCUGCUGCUUCUGCAGAAUCAACAAUGAAGUUAGCUAUGACUCUCUUGUUGUGUUCCCUCAUUGGCCUUAUCUUUUCUGCCACUCCCACCCUUGCUCUCAACAUUGGUGUUCAAGCCACAGAUGGCUCCGUCACUCUGAGUAAAGAAUGCAGUAGGAAAUGUGAAUCUGAAUUCUGUUCAGUGCCUCCAUUUCUGAGAUAUGGCAAGUAUUGUGGACUCCUGUAUAGUGGGUGCCCUGGGGAGAAGCCAUGUGAUGGCCUGGAUGCUUGUUGCAUGAAGCAUGAUGCCUGUGUACAAGCCAAAAACAAUGACUAUCUGAGCCAAGAGUGCAGCCAAAACUUCAUAAACUGCAUGAACAGCUUCAAGAGCUCAGGAGGGCAUUCAUUCAAGGGCAACAAAUGCCAAGUAGAUGAGGUUAUUGAUGUCAUCACCCUUGUCAUGGAGGCUGCUUUGCUUGCUGGAAGAUACCUUCAUAAGCCUUAGAAUUUCCUUUUCUUUCUUUCUUUUGUGUGUUUUAUUUUGUAUGGUCAAGGUUGGGGAAAGUUCAUAGUAGCUUUCUCCUCAUGAUCAUUAACUUUUUUUUUCUUCAAGCUUUUCUUGUAUGGGAAUAUGAAAAGACAACAAAUGUUAACUUCUAUCUUUUUUUUUUUUUUUUAUGAUUUGUUUGGAUGCCAAAAAAAUGUAUGAUUAAAAAUAGUGACUUAAAAUUCAGGUUAGAAGAAUCAAAUUUUUAGGCU